UCGCACGAAACCUCAUUCGCUCUGUUGGCCAUCCUCAGUAUUGCUUCUUUGGUUAGCAAGGGAUCAGAGCGAAAAAGCUGCCUCAUAGCACCUUUUAAAAGACCCUAUUAGUACUAUCCACUUCAUUAUGCAGGCUCACUGUCCAUGCUGUAUGCUUGUGCUUGGGUAUACAAAACUGCUAUCUUCGAUAUCGGCGAGACUGAUAGUAGUGAUAAAAGUUACUAAUCGAACAAGGCACAGUUGCCAGCAAGAACAAAGUGAGACGAAAGUCAAGAAGAAGAAAAGAGGAGGGGAUAUCAGCCGAUGUCGAUCGAUUUCCGCAAGUCACGACAUCGGACAACACCCAAAUGCUUUCCUUCUGACGAGGCGGCCCCGUACAUGCCGUAAGACCCAGUCUGGUCGCGGCCGAGGAAGCGCCAGGAUCGAGAGAGUGAGCGCCAGGUACAUAGGUCACCUUCCCCACCGCCGCAGAUAUGACUACGCUGCGCUGGGUGUCUGCGGCAGUGGACGACAGGACGCUGACAAGGUCAGGUGACCCUGCCAUGAGCGAGACGAGCCUGCGUCAGAUGCG